CGAAGCUUCGGUCUGAGGAAGGAGUAGGCUGCAGCUUCCAAAUUGCCACGAGGGCCUGGUGGGAGAUUUAGCUCCUGUCGCCUAGCGGCGGAGCCUUUGGUGUUCCUGCUCCGGGGAUGGAAGCAAAAGACGCGGAUCGUAUUGAGCCGCACGUGGUUCCAGAAGCUUUCGCUUCUUACCCCGAAGCUGGAGAACUGUCCUCGUAAGAGGAUCUGAUUUGUGAUCGCUGCAGUGUCUGUUCAGAGUCCGGUCAUUGCGGCUCCCUCUAAGUACUGUAGCAUGUGUAGACGUGUCUUGGGAUAGAUAGUGCGACGCACUGCGCUACUCGAUUCUUCCUCUUCGCGGAGAUCGGAAUUCUGAGGUCUGAGUAAUGGUUUGAUAUAUCAUCGGAGAGCGGCGCUGACGAACGAGAAAUUCUCGUCACAGAUUUGGGCUGAAUUGUCCUGCUUGUCGCAGCCCGCGAAAGAGGAGCGAGAUUCGAGCGGAGUUUGGCAGUGAUGGCUACGCUGACGAUGACUUGGAGUCUGUCGAGGAUUCCGUCUGGAACUGGUCAGCAGUUCAAGAAAGACGCGUGUGUUUCCCUGCGGCAGUUGGUUUCAGCUGUUCCGCGCUUCCCGUCGCAAGAGAUUCGUACACGGGAUUUCGUUCGUUGCGCCGUUUCUUCAGCACCAUCUCCUGAUGUAGGAGCUUCUCCAAAGCUCGAGUCAGUCACCGAGGAGAAGGUCAAGCUUGUGUGCCCUGUGUGCCAAAAGCCCGUGGUUGGCAGUUCUUCUCAAAGCUUUAGACUUCCCACAGCGAAAGGGGAAUUCCUCUGCCAAAGUUGUCGAAAAUCAUACUCAAGCAAAGGAGGAAUUAUCGAUUUAACAAUUCCGAACCGUGCCAGUGCCACCCCGCUUGGAUCUUCCUUCUUUCAGAAUCCACUCAUAGCAUACGUAUACGAAAGGGGAUAUCGAGAUAAUUUUGCCCGAGCUGGCUUCCCAGGAUUCGAUGAAGAGGCUCAGCGAGCGCAGGAUAUUCUGAAGCCAGCCCGUGGAGAUGUAAUAAUGGAUCUCAGCUGUGGCCCCGGAGGUUUUACUAGGCGUUUUGUGACUAGCGAGGAGUACGAGACGGUUAUAGCGGCUGACUUCUCGGAGGCCAUGCUUGAGCAAUGUCGUGGCUUUCUCCAGAGUGAUAGAAGUGUGGAUUUGGACAAAGUGGUGUUAGUCAGAGCAGAUGCUGCACGACUACCUUUCGCAACCGCAUCCUUGGCUGGUGUACAUGCUGGUGCUGCGAUUCACUGUUGGCCAAAUAUGCAAUCAUCUGUGGCUGAGAUAAGCCGAGUUUUGAAACCAGGAGGAAUCUUUGUAGCCAGCACGUUUAUCACGCCCAGUGUACCAGGCUUUGAUGAGACGCUCAGACCAAUCCGCGAGACGGUCAACCUACUGCAAUUGCAAAUCAGAUGGUUCGCUGAAAGUGAUUUGAGAAGUCUUGUGGAGAGCUGCGGCUUCAUCAACUGGCAAGCUUACCGCAGAGGAAGAUACAUCUUGUUCUCUGCUUCUAAACCUGAGUAGUUGAGGUAAAAUGAAGCGAACAUCAAGUGUGCUGUCAAUGCGAACAGUAUGAGUUCAGGUGGAUACCUGAACUGAAGAGUGUUGGCUUGAUCGUGUUAGCUUUAAGUUGAUAGUCACGGCUAUUGAAAGUGAAAUGUUCAGCUCACAUUUCCAGUCUAAGAGAAUGCUGGCGGAAAAUGGUUUAGGUGUAUUAGAUACAAAGCUUUAGCCAAACAAGUGGGGUGGGAAUUUCAGUACGAAGCUAUGUCUUAGCGUGCCAAAGAAGAUGGAAAGUGACCAGUCAGUGUUCAUGUGCCGACCAUUUUAUACACAUGUGGACAUUUCUCAACGUGCAGGGCAUUUAAUUGAGUUGUUUCCCUAGAGAGUUCACGUAUCAUACUUUACAAAUAUAGUUUUGAACUCGUGUACUAUUAGCUAGAUUGUUUUAAUUAGGUAAUUCGGGUAUUAUGAUGGUUCAAUUGUCCUGGAAUCACAGUUAGGGUAACUUGAUUACAUUGUUUCACUUCUUUGAUGCUAUAAUAUAUGAGAAAAGUGAAUUUUCGAUCGGCGUACACUUUAAAUUUUCAAUCGGA